AUGGCAUUUGGUGCAUUGGAAUCAUGUCCUGAAUGUGGUGGUUUUCUUGUAUUCAAUUACACAAAUUAUCGUUGUACUGGAAAUAUUACGGAAUGGACAACAUAUUCGUAUACAACAAAUUUACCAAAACGAAAAGCAUUUGAAAUUCCAGAUAGGAUCAAAGAAGACUACGAUAUGUUUCAACAAUACAAAUAUGAGCAACGAGAUUGCAUCAUACCUCAAGUAACCAAAAAACCUAAAUUGAUCAACAAAAUAGAUGAGAUUAAAGAACCUGAUUAUGAUCCGAAAUUGCCUCUUAAUGGCUACUCAGUCGCAUUAAUCGGUCGUUUAUUGAAACGAAAGAGCAUCUUAAAAAAACAUAUCGAACAAUUAGGUGGAGCUAUGACUACGAAUAUUGAUAAAACAGUCGGUGUGGUCGUUAGUACUCAAGAUGAAAUCAAAACAUUAUUAUCAUUCAAUAUUGAUCUACGGAAAAUGUCUCUUCGUAAACUUUCACGUAAUCAAUUAAAAAUAGCUUAUGGAGUUCUUACUGAAUUACAAACAUUAAUUACUAGUGAUUCAAUAAAUAAAACAUCGAUUAUCGAUGCUAGUAAUCGAUUUUAUACACGCAUUUCACAUGAUUUUGGUCGAAAAAAACCUCAGAUACUCAAUAAUGUCGAUUUCAUUCAAUCGAAAACACAAAUGAUUGAUAAUUUACUUGAUAUUAAAAUUGUCUAUUCAAUUCAAGGUUUACGAAUUGCUCUACCCGAAGCACCCAUGACAGGUUACAUGUUUGGCAAAGGUGUCUAUUUUGCAGAUAUGGUCUCAAAGAGUGGCGACGCACCCGAAGGAUUAAUGCUUUUAUGUGAAGUUGCUCUCGGUAGAAUGUACGAAUGUUACAAAAGUACAAGUCUAUCAGUAGAUACAUUACCCAAAGGUGCACAGUCGACCAAAGAUUGUGGUCAAACAACUUCUGAUCCAAAAAAUCAUUAUUAUACCGAUGAUGGAGUUCUCAUUCCACUGGAUCAAGGUGUAAACGCAAACAUUCUACAUAACUCACUCUUAUACAAUGAAUAUAUCUUCUAUAAUACCGAUCAAAUCAAAAUAAGAUACCUGUUAUGCGUGUAUUUCGAUUAUAAAAACUAAACUAUCGUUAUUUUUAUGUGUUCAAAUUUUUUUCAAUAAAAAACUAAUCACUAUAUGAACUAUAUACUCGUAGCGCUAGCUCUUCUUUCUAUAAAGUAUGACAAUGAACUCUUUCGUGGAAAAGGAAAUAAAAUAUACAAUGAUUCUACUCCAAAAUAUCCAAAGUACUUGGCUCUUCUGUUUCACUUGCUAGGACCUAUAUAUAUACGUCCUUGGUCCCCCAAUGGGUUAAAGAAUCAAAUAUCAUAUAUUGUGCCUAUAGACAAUUCAUUAAUCUAACUAAUGAUUACUAAUAAACAAGAAAAUAGCGGUUGCAUCAACAGAUAAUGAGAUAGAACUAAAUUAUAAACCUAUAUAUCUAUAUACAUUGAAGUUCGAACGAUAAAAAAGCUGCAUGUGUUAUGUUUUUGUUCUCAAUGUAUCAAACACAAAAACGAUCAAAAAGAUGGUGUUGCCACUUGAUCAAAUGAAGAUUAAUUAAUUUUUAAUCGAUUUUAAUGGCGUUGGACGCAAAACAUGUUUUUUUCACAUUUUAAAUUAGAAGCUCAACCUUCUAUUCCUUUUUUCGGACUUCUCUUUUCAACAAAUGGUAAGUAUAGCAAUACAUGAGACUUUGAAAUGCAUUACGUGCUUCAAAAUACGAUACCAAUUGAUACUAACUCACGUAAGAAAAAUAUUGAUAAAUUAGAUUCGAAUCGAUUAUUUUGUCAGUGAAAACCGAUCCAAAUGGUUGUAUUUUUAAGCCAAUUCAAAUCUGGUUUUUUAAGCUUUAAAGAUAUAUCUCCGUUGAUUUUAAUCGAUUAUAAGAGGGUGGGGUGUGGGUGUGUGGGUGUUGAUGAAAAGGACACCCACACCCACACCCUAAUCGUACUGGUGUUGGUUACACUAUAUAGCAAUGUCUAAAAAAACUCGCUUACAUCACAGUGUCGUAAAAGUCAUCACAGUGGCGUCAACGCUUGCCGAUUCAGCGUUACUUCACCUGUGCAUUGACUUUGUGUUGUUUUUCUUGUAAGUUGGAAAAAAAACCUACUGAUGACAGUCAAUAAAGUGCCUCAUUCUCCAUUUUCUUAUCAAAUAUUUAUUUUGCAAGUGAAGGCCGCUAUUGAAGUAUGCUGCGUGCAACAACAUCGACUUUCCGCGAAAAAAGAACAGAGGCUUAUGCGUCAAUCAACUUUUUUCUUUCUUUGUGGGUAACUCCUGUGGCAUAGAAGGUAUACUGUAUCAUUGCCAAGGAAUAAAACAAGGAUUCAUGGUGUUUUGUCGAGCCUUUUUGAAUACAUAAAAUAUUCAUUGUAGACUUGAUCGAUUGGUGAUUUAGCAACAUAGACAUGAAACUUUUGCGAAGUUCAUAUCUCAGAACUAUGCGAAUCUUUGUGAAGAACGCUUAAGGCUAGCAGACUCACGAGAGAAGAUUCUCAAAUGAUCCGCACCACUUUUGUGGAUAUUUUCCCAUAGAUAGAGCUUGAUGAGACUAGAAAAAGCCUAAAAGGAUAAUGGUCUAUAGGCCUUUCUUCUCGAGUUAUGAUCAUUUUACUAGGUUUAUCACCCAUGAGGGUGUGGGUGUCGAUGUAAUUCUUCUCUUAACCCACACCCACACUAUAAUUGUUACUGUAUCUAUCAAUUAAAUUCUCAUUAAUUUGACAAUUAUUUCAUUGCUUUCGUGUCAUUCAAUUGAUUAAUCUAAUAAAACAAAGCCAAUGAAUAGAAUGUUUCACUAUAAAAGAGUGACUGUGCGAGAACAAACAACAUAUUUAAAUAUUGACAGAUCAUAUCGUAAAAAAAGUGUUGACAGUUUAAAACAAUAAUCAUUAUUGAAAUUUGAACGAUUUAUUCUCGUUAUUGUUGAGACUAGUGUACGACAAAAAAUAUUUGUAUAAUUAAAAAGAAAACUGUUCAUCUUCGAUUAAAUGUCAUUGAAAACAAAAUAUAAAUGUUGAAAUUUAGGCUGAAUUAAUUUAUAAAUAGUUUUGUAUUCGUUGAAAAAAAAUGAUAAAAGAAAAAAUAAUAAUUUGAUGAUAAUUUUUCAAAAGUUAGCUCCAAACAUUGCUACGGUGUCUCUCACGACCUGUAUGAUAAUGAACAUUCAGGCGAUGAUUUUUUUUUCUACGAAUUUUAAUUUUACUAUCAGCAUGAUGCUCAUAAAGCUUUUGGGU